UAUUUUCCUCAGAAACCUUGGAAUAAAACGCAGGACUUCGAAAAACAAACAAAAAAUCACAGCAAACGCAAAUGAUGAUUGAGUUUUAGCAAACAUUUUCUGCGCUUCCAUUAAACGUAGGCUAUUAAAUGAAAAAAGAUGCAAGUAGUCUGGCUGUGUCUAACCUAUUUAAUUACUGCCAACCCACAUCACCGGAGCUGCAAAAGCAAUGACGCCGCCUUUUUAGAUUUCGUCUCUAUGUGAAGAGACAUACACAUAAUAUUAUUCUCAGAAAUGUCUCGGAUUAUGAUUUCAGACUAUUCUGGCUUUUAACGAAUAUGGUGUUUCGUGCAUUUUUCUGUUUAUGUCUGUGGCUUUUGGCAGGUGUGUCUGAUGUUUAUUCAGAUGAAACAGUGCUAUCAGUGAUGGAGGGAGAUUCGGUCACUUUAAACACUGAUGUUACUGAACUAAAGAAAGAUGACCAGAUACUGUGGUCAUUUAGAUUUAAUAGUUCAGAGACUCGUAUCGCUGAAAUCUAUAAACAGAUCAUCUCUAUAUAUGAUAAUAAAGAGAAUACUGAGAGAUUCAGAGACAGACUAAAGAUAGAUGAGCAGACAGGAUCUCUGACCAUCACAAACAUCAACAAAUUACACUCUGGACUUUAUAAACUACAGAUCAUCAGUGGGCAGAUGAAAUACUUCAGCUUUAGUACUGCUGUCUAUGGUAUUCUGCCUGUUCCUGUGAUUAUCAGAUACUCCUCACAAAAUGUUUCAUCAUCAUCAUCAUCAGUGUCUAAUUGUUCACUGUUGUGUUCAGUUGUGAAUGUGAGUGCUGUGACUCUCUCCUGGUACAAAGGAAACAGUUUAUUGUCCAGCAUCAGUGUGUCUGAUCUCAGCAUCAGUCUCUCUCUACCUCUGGAGGUGGAAUAUCAGGAGAACAACAUCUACAGCUGUGUGAUCAACAAUCCCAUCACAAACCAGACCACACAUCUGGACAUCACUCAACUCUGUCAGUCAAAUUCAGAAUCCAACCAGACUUCUCUUCUUCUAGUUGUGUUUCUCUUGGUCUUGCUGCUGUUAGUGAUCUCAGCUGUAGUUGUGAUGAUGAUCUGUCGACGAAGAAACUACACACAAGCUAAACAAGAGGCUCCGAGUAAUGAGGAGGAGGUUGAUUAUACUGAAGCAACAUUCAUUAAACAUGGAGAUCAGGAUACGAGGGCUAAUGGACACGAUCAGACGGUGUAUUCAGAAGUAGUUUUGAGAAGGUGAUCAUGUAGACUGUAUGCCUCUAUUACCGGUGCAGAGCAUGUUGAGGUGUAUUUCAGUGUAGCAAAGCUCAAAACCCCAGUUAAACUGUAAAUGCACUGGUUCU